AUGAAUGUGGUGGAGGGAGUGUUUGGGGCAGCGAUAUCUGCAGGGGUUGAGUAUGGCUGCCCCCCCCCCCCGCCCAGUGUGUCCUCUUGCCCACCAUCUGAUUAUCUUUUUCUGUCCCCAGAUCCCGUUGCCGCCAUCCAAGUCACAAUACAGAAUCCUUUCAACGUGGUCAUCCUAUUUCAGCCUGUCACCCUUCAGUGCAACUACCAGACCACAGGCACUCAGCCGCCAGUGGUCACCUGGAAGUACAAAUCCUACUGCCGCAGCCGCCUGACUGACGCCUUCAACCCCAGCAGCCAGGAUAGCCAGAUCAACAGCCAGCUGCAGCAGAACAACCCCGGUUACAACCCCUACGUGGAGUGUCAGGACAACUUCCGGACCGUGCGAAUGGUGGCUUCCAAGCAAGGCAACCUAGUGACCCUCGGGGAGUUUUACCAGGGCCGUCGCAUCACCAUCACCAAUGAUGCUGACCUCAGCAUAGAGCAAACUGCCUGGGGGGACAGCGGGGUGUACUACUGCACCGUGAUCUCCCCUCAAGACCUGCAAGGCAACAAUGAAGCCUACGCCGAGCUCAUCGUGUUGGGCAAAUCCUCCGAGGUCUCAGAGCUUUUGCCAGGCUUUCAGAUAGGGGAUAUGGCAGACUGGGUCUUUGUCAUUGUGGUGGCGCUGGGGUUCUUUCUUCUCAUCCUGCUCUUGGGGAUCUGCUGGUGCCAGUGUUGCCCUCACACCUGCUGCUGCUAUGUCCGGUGCCCCUGCUGCCCGAAGAAGUGCUGCUGCCCUGAAGCUCUUUACGUUGCAGGAAAAGCCGCCACAUCUGGUGCCCCCAGCAUUUACGCUCCCAGCGUGUACGCGUCCAGCAGCCAUCUGAAGGCAGGGCCUCCGGGCACUGUGAUUCCCAUGGUCCCCAUAGCCCCGGUGCACAAUGGCUACGGAUUGGACUACGACAGGGCCAGCUCAGUUGGCGGAAACAGCUCUCAGGUGCCCCUCCUGCGAGACACAGAUAGUGUUGCAAAUUCAGCUGUGCGUAGUGGCUACCGCAUCCAAGCCAACCAGCAAGACGACUCCAUGCGGGUGCUGUACUAUAUGGAGAAGGAGCUGGCGAACUUUGACCCCACCCGGCCAGGCCAGACUAAUGGGAGACAUGAGAAAGCCUCUGUGAUGAGCGAGCUGAGCUCUCUGCAUGAGGAUGAUCGGCGCUAUGACCUGCGGCCAGGGCUGGGGCGGCUGAGAAGCCAAGCCAUGUCUCCCAUCAGCGACCUAGAGGAGGAAAGCCUACGGGGCAGUGAGAACCGGCGGCUGCUGCCCCCCGCUCGUCAUCGCUAUGACGACUCCCCACCGCAGAACUACACCCGGCGCCCACGUGCACACUCCGUGGAUGACCUAGAGUUCGACCGGGAUCCCUAUCCUGCCCAUCCCAGGAGCCGUGGGCGGCGCGGAUCAGAUGAAUGGCGCCGCCGCGACUACUCCCCGGACUCCCGCAAUGACUAUGAGCGCUACGGCAGACGGCGCAGCCGGAGCAGAGACGAUCUGCGGGACUUGGAGCCAUCCCGCUAUGACGACCGGCUCCUGGAGGAGGCACUGCGCCGGAAGCAACGAGCCGGCAGCCAUGAGCGUCUGGAUCAAAUGAGCCCUUCUAGCAGCAGGUCUGGUCACAAGAAGAACCGGGAAGAUGACAGCAAUGGCUUCCCUCCGCCUCCACCGCCUCCGUACACCGAGACAGAGUCUGUUUCUUCCCGCGGGAAGAAUGACCGCAAACUCCGAAGGAAUCAUGCUGUGAGCAGAGAGAGCCUGGUGGUUUAAGCUCCUUGUGGUUCCAUGACCUGGGUACCCACAGCGGGCCGCGGGCCGUUUCUAGUGAUGGUUUCUGCUGGCGUCAGUUUCGUGCCGGAGGGCUUCAAAACAAGGGGCAGAUGGUGCUUCUCUGCUUCCAGCUUUGGACUGGAUGGGCUGACCGCCCCAGCGCUCAAGGAACUGACCUCUCUGUGCCUUAUUUUAGCUUCUCCCAGCUCUUGUGCUGAGGUUCUCAAAGAAUUUGGAGAUGUAGUUUGCACUGCACGAGAAUUUUUAAACCCCCUUUUUAAACUUUGGACCUAGAUUUUAUUAUUAUUAUUUCUUUAACAUAGGGUUUGGCAAACGGACGCUCGUACUGCAAAUAAUACCCUCAGUGCAGUCAGACCACGAAACACCAGAUGGAAAAUGGUUUUUUUCUUUCUCUCGUCUUUUCUAAGAUUGUUCCAACCCUCUCUGCUGUGUCGCUUCCCGCAGCCCAAGUUGUAAAACACGUUCCACAGUUUUUACACUGAAGACCUGUGGGGUUUUGUUGUUGUUGUUGAGUGUUUAAAAAAGCAAACAAAUCCUUGUCCUCUUACCCUUAGCUGCUGGUGCUGUAAAUACCCCAAAGCGAUUAGCAGCCAAGUAGUUUGUUUUUUCAAUUUAUUUUGUAUUUUUGAGAUUACAAUUUUAUAUAAAUAAAAACAAAAUGAGUAGCUUGUA